GCCGCGUGUGCUCAUGUAGAAGUCUUUCCUGUAGAAGCCAUCGCCUGGCGAACACACGUUGGUGUGUCGCACAAGAUUUUCUGACAAUGGUGCUGUUGCACGUGUUAUUCGAGCAUGCGGCGGGCUAUGCGCUGUUUGCAGUGAAAGAAGUUGAAGAGAUUGGAAUGUUACUCCCUCAGGUGGAGGACAGUGUUCUGAACAUUGGCAAAUUCAACAAUGUAGUGAAACUUGCUGCGUUCUUCCCUUUCAAGUCUGCUCAGGCAGCGUUGGAGAACAUCAAUGCAAUCUCUGAAGGAGUCGUACAUGCAGACCUGAAACUCUUCCUGGAGACGAACCUGCCCUCUGGUGGCAAGAGCAAGCCAGUGCUGGGUGUGUCUGACGCGAAAAUUGGUGCAGCGCUCCAAGAGGAGCUGCAGCUGUCCCUUCAGACUGGCGGGGUGGUGGCGGAGAUCAUCAGAGGUGUGCGUCUGCACUUCCACGCGCUGGUGCGUGGCUUGACUGCUCAGGCGGCCUCCAAGGCACAGCUGGGUCUGGGCCACAGCUACUCGCGAGCCAAGGUCAAGUUCAACGUAAACAGAGCCGACAACAUGAUCAUCCAAUCCAUUGCUCUACUGGACCAACUGGACAAGGACAUCAAUACAUUCUCCAUGCGUGUGCGUGAGUGGUACGGUUACCACUUCCCAGAGCUGAUCAAGAUUGUGGCCGACAACUCGACUUACUGCCGUGUGGCCAAGCUGAUCGGCAACCGUAAGGAGCUGAGCGAGGAGAACUUGGAGGCCCUGGAGGAGGUGGUGAUGGACAGUGGCAAGGCACAGGCCAUCCUAGAUGCCUCCCGCAGCUCCAUGGGUAUGGACAUCUCCCCGAUCGAUCUGAUCAACAUUGAGAGUUUCUCCAGUCGGGUGGUGUCCUUGACUGCUUACAGACAGGAGCUUCAGGAAUACCUGCGCUCCAAAAUGGGUCAGGUGGCACCCAACCUGGCAGCCCUCAUCGGCGAUGUGGUCGGUGCACGUCUCAUCUCCCACGCUGGCAGUCUGACGAACCUGGCCAAGUACCCGGCGUCGACGGUGCAGAUUCUGGGCGCGGAGAAGGCCCUGUUCAGAGCCCUGAAGACGAGGGGAAAUACGCCCAAAUAUGGUCUGAUCUUCCACUCUACCUUCAUUGGACGGGCUGCUGCCAAGAACAAGGGUCGCAUCUCCCGUUACCUUGCCAACAAGUGUACCAUCGCCUCCAGAAUUGACUGCUUCUCUGAGGUGCCCACAAGCGUGUUUGGAGAUAAGCUGAGGGACCAGGUGGAAGAGAGGCUGACCUUUUAUGAGACUGGCGAAGCACCACGCAAAAAUCUGGAUGUCAUGAAGGAAGCAGUGGUCGAGGCUGGAGAAGUGGCUGCUGAGAUCAAGAAGAAGAUGGAGAAGAAAGAGAAGAAGCGUCUGAAGAAGAAAAGGAAGCUGGAGGCCCUCUCCACAGCAGAGGGAGACGAGGAGGAGGAAGAGGUGGCCACCAAGAAGCUCAAGACCAAUGGAGACACCUCACAGGAGAAUGGAGACGUUGAGGCUGAAGUGACGAGUGCCAAGAAGAAGAAAAAGAAGAAGCAACAGGCAGAGGAGGAGGAAGAGGCGAUGGAGGUGAAGGAAGAGGUCAAGGAGGAGGCUGCCGACAACGGAGUGGAGACGACAACUCCGAAAAAGAAGAAAAAAAAGAAGCAGCAAGAGGAGGAGGAAGCUGCUGCGGAGGUGAAAGGGGAGGAUGAGGGAGCAGUCUCUGAAAAUGGAGCCACUCCCAAGAAAAAGAAGAAAAAGGUGAAAGUGGAAGCAGAGGAAGAGACUGCAGCAGAGCCCGUUGUAGAACCAGUAUCCGAAAAGAAGAAAAAGAAAAAGGUUAAGAAAGAAACUGAGGAGGCAUAGAUAUGAGUCUCCCCCACAUGAAAAGACUUUGUUUUUGUAGUAUUGUACAGCUUUGAUUUUUGUUUUACAUGCACAUGAGUGUCCUUGCAGUUAAGCAAGGUGGAAACUUGUUAGAUGGUCGACGCCAAGAUGUAUCUGCUAAGCUUUUUUUAUUAUGUAUAUACAAUUCAUGAUUUCAGUUUAAUUUUCCAGCUUUGUGCCUUUUGGGUAAAAAGAUAUUUGGUCACCAGUGUGUUUUGCAUCAAGUGUGUCCUCUGUAAAUGUGUCAAAUUAAACAAUCAGGAACCUUCAUCU